UAAGGUUUUGAAAAGGUUUUGGGACCAAACGCAAAAGGGUUUAUUGUGUUAGGUUAAAGUUCAAACGAUAGUUUGGUUGGCUUGUGGCCUUAGGGUUUUUGUGAGAUUCGGUUGAAGAGUUCUCUCCACUUUCUCUAUGGAUCUUUCAGACCUUAAUUCAGCUGAAAUGCAGAAAUUCUACUCUGAAGAACAGCAAAGAGCGAUGGUUAAUGAAAUGGUGGCAAAGCUAACGAGUGAAUGCUGGGACAAAUGCAUCACGGGUACACCUGGGAAUAAAUUCAGUUCCAGUGAAUCCAAUUGUCUUUCAAACUGUGCACACCGUUACUUGGAGAUGAGCAUGCUUAUCAUGAAAAGGUUUCAGAGUAUGCAAUGAAGAAAAAGUGUUAUCAUCCUGAAAUUUCUCUUUUGCAUGAUCGUUAAUAUUGGAAUCUUAUUAUCUGGAAGCUAUGUUUCUAUGGAUUAAUUUAUAUUUGUUGUGACUCUUGUGUCCAAAUAUUUAGUUUACAUCUUGGCUUUCCUGAAAUUUAUAGAGGAAAACACUGCCUAUUUUGUGAAUUACAUAUAUAUAUGCCUUGCGUGGCUGAAAUCA